AUGUUCUUUGUUACAGAAGAGGAAGAGGAACAGGUGCCUACCGAUGGAGGUACAUCUGCAGAGGCCAUGCAGGUGCCACUGGAAGAAGAGGGAGACAUGGAAGAGGAUGAGGCAAUUAAUGAUGAGAACUAUUUGAGCAAGAGACCAUUAGAAAGUCCCGAUGCUGAGGAAUUUCCGCCUGUGAAACGGCCAAAACUAUCUGUUUCCAAAGCGGACACCUUGGACGGAGCUUUGGAACCACGUGAGCCUCUUAGCUCAAUAAAUACUCAAAAAGUACCACCAAUGCUUUCUCCAGUUCAUGUUCAGGACAGUACAGACUUAGCCCCUCCUUCACCAGAACCACCCAUGUUGGCUCCCAUUGCAAAAUCACAAGUGCCAACCCCCAAAACUUUAGAGGCAAAGCCAUUUGUGCCCAAAACAAAGUCCAAAACAAGUUCUCCAGGACAGAAGACAAAAUCACCUAAAACUACGCCCUCACCAGUGGUAACUGGAAGUCCCAUACGUUCACCAAAAACUGGAUCCAAAGAAAAAAAGUCACCAGGUCGCGCCAAGAGCCCAAAAAGUCCUAAAAGUCCAAAGGUUCCUGCUCAUGUUCCCCAACCACCUGUCAAGCCUGAAACACCAAGUAGAACCCCUCUGGCUGCAUUAAGUGACAAGAUAGGAAAAGAAAACAUUCAAGUAAAACAAGGACAGACACCACCUGAGCCUGCCAUCAAGCCAAAUAUUGAAAACCAGACUAAGAAAGUACCGGUAAUGGACAAGACCAUUGAUGAUUCGAUCGAUGCUGUAAUUGCUCGUGCAUGUGCAGAACGAGAACCGGAUCCCUUUGAGUUUUCCUCUGGUUCCGAAUCAGAAGGGGAAAUUUUUACCAGUCCUAAAAGACUUUCUGUUUCAGAGACUACAACUCCUAAACCUUCUGUUUCCACCAAUAAUGCAAAUAAGGCAGGAGCAACUCCAAUACCUCCCUCAGGUGGGACUUCAAGUUCAGACAUUUCAUGGACAAUGGAUGACUCGAUUGAUGAGGUCAUUCGAAAGGCAAACAUGGGGACACCUUCUAAUCCACCUACCAACUUCACUUACUUCUCCUCUCCUUCUGCUUCACCACCAACUCCAGAACCUCUUCUCAAAGUCUAUGAGGAGAAAACCAAGUUGGCUUCAUCAGUAGAAGUGAAAAAGAAAUUGAAAAAGGAGCUGAAGACAAAAAUGAAGAAGAAAGAAAAACAAAAGGAAAAAGAUAAAGAUAAAAACAAGGAGAAAAACAAAGAGAAGGAAAAGAACAAGGAGAAGGAUAAAGACAAGGAAGGAAACAAGGAAGCGAAAUUUCAGUGGAAGGAAAUACUCAAAGAUGAUGAUCCCUAUAAAUUCAAGCUAAAGGACUUUGAGGAUACUGACACAAAAGUAAAGUUGAAAGAUGGCAAUACUAAAAAAGAGAAAGAAAAACAUAAAGAUAAAAAGAAAGAGAAAGAGAAAGGUAAAAAAGACAAGGAUAAGAAAGACAAAGAGAAACUUAAAGAUAAGGGUAAGGAAGAUAAGAUAAAGGCUCCAUCAGCACCUCUUGUGUUACCUCCCAAAGAAAUGUCUUUGCCCUUGUUCAGCACACCAGCUGCCAUGAGGCUUCCCAGUAUGUUACCUUCUUUGUCUCCAAUGCUUCCUGAAAAACUGUUUGAGGACAAAGAGAAACCAAAAGAGAAGAAGAAAGACAAAAAAGAGAAGAAGAAAAAGAAAGAAAGGGAGAAGGACAAAGAAAAGGAAAAGAAGGAGAAAGAAAAAGAGAGGAAAGAAAGAGAAAAGAAAGAGAAAGAAAAAGAGAAACACAAACAUGAAAAGAUAAAGGUGGAACCAGUUGUUCCAGCUCCAUCACCAGUUAUUCCUCGGCUGACUUUAAGAGUGGGUGCAGGCCAGGACAAGAUGUAA